AGAAUGAAAAUGCUCCGCUUUCGCAGUUCAAGUAUCAAAUCCUUAAGCCAAGAGAUCAAAUGUACAAUCAGGCUGCUGGAUGACACUGAACUAGCUUGUAUUAUCCAGAGAGACACCAAAGGUCAAUUCCUCAUUGAUCACGUCUGCAACCAUUUCAGCUUGUUGGAGAAGGAUUACUUUGGUAUUAGAUACGUUGAUCCAGAGAAACAAAGGCAUUGGCUGGAACCCAACAAGUCAGUUGUGAAGCAAAUGAAAUCUCAGCCUCCGUAUACCAUGUGCUUUAGAGUGAAGUUCUAUCCUAGCGAACCUAUGAAGGUCAAAGAAGAACUCACCAGGUAUUUAUUGUACCUUCAAAUUAAAAGGGACAUAUUUCAUGGACGCCUGCUUUGCUCUUUAUCAGAUGCUGCUUCCUUGGGUGCAUAUACUUUACAAGCUGAGCUGGGUGAUUAUGAGCCACAUGAACACCCAGAGGGUUACGUUAGUGAAAUCAAGUUGUUUCCCAAGCAAACACAAAAACUGGAAAGAAAAAUGGAGCAGAUUCAUAAAAAUGAACUAAGGGGACAGACUGCAGCUGUUGCAGAACUGAACCUGCUGCAGAAAGCUCAGACAUUGGAAACUUAUGGUGUUGAUCCCCAUCCAUGCAAGGAUUCUUCAGGAGCUACAGCUUUCAUAGGAUUCACUGCCUCAGGUUUUGUUGUGUUCCAAGGGAAUAAAAGGAUUCACCUCCUCAGAUGGUUUGACGUCAGUAAAUUGAAAUUUGAUGGGAAGACAUUUUAUGUCCAUGGUGUUCAGAAAGAGAAGAAAAUUGUACUGACCUACCAUACAUCAACCCCAGCUGCUUGCAAGCACCUUUGGAAGUGUGGUGUGGAGAACCAAGCUUUUUACAAGUAUGAAAAAUCUAGUCAGAUCAAAAGUGUCUCCAGCAGUAACAUCUUCUUCAAAGGCAGGAGGUUUCGUUUCAGUGGGAGAGUUGCGAAAGAAGUUAUAGAAGCAAGCACCAAAAUUCAGCGCACCCCUCCUGAAGUUCACCGGUCCACACUUGCUCAGAGCUGGAGUUACCAUUCUUUAUCCAAGCAGUUGAUAACGAGCGCCGAGACAACACAAUCAUGCCUUCCGUCCCCUGAUGAAUCUGAGGAACAAUCCGCCAUGGAUGUGGACAAGCUGCAGGCACAGCAGGGGUUCUGUGCACUGCUGGCAAAAUUUCAUUCUCUUCCAGAAAUACCUGUUGUUUGGAUUUUGGCUGCUGACAGGUUUGAAGUCUCCUCCGAUUGGAUGUCAGAUGAGGAGCAAGAUAACCAGCAGCAGCACCAGUUCAGCGCAGUAGAGCCACAGAAAGGGAACCAGCUCACAGGAGGCGCCACCUGUGAAAUGAAGCCCAGAGCACAUCUGGAUAAGUGUGAUAUGCAGAAGUCAGAACUUACCGCUAGGGCCUUGCUCACAUCGUGGACAUCUGAAGAGAUGAAGAUGCCAGAGCCCAACAGCUACUGGACCCUGGAGAAACACAAGCAUCACAUGCUGGGUGGAUUCUCAUGGACAUGGGUCUGCUGCAAAGCACUCAUGGAAGGUGGAGAACUGUUGACAUUAAAUGACCAAUCUACAUCUGAAGAGGAAAAGGAAAAAGAGCCACAGAAUGAGAAAGGAGAGAUGGGUGAACUCAAAUGUGAGAACAAAGAGGAAAGUAGUGAAGAAUCUUUAACUAUAUCAGAACUAGUAUAUAAUCCAAGUGCCAGUGUCCUACCUACUCCUGUAGAAGAUGGUGGGAUUGACUUGCUUUUUAAUAGUCACCCACUCGGGAACCAGAGGGAUGCAGGAGGCUCAUUUGAUGAGCUAGAUGCAAAUGAAACUGCACUUCUGCUUGCCGAGGAGGAAGAGCUAAAGGAAGUGAAGCGAGUACUCAGCAGCAGCUUUGAAUUGCUAACAAGCAACAAACAUCUGAAUGCUCUGGCGAAGAGCUUUGUGAAACUCCUUCUGGUGGGCUUGGGCUUGAUGCUGUUCGCUUUCCCACUUCUUUUGGUCUUGCUGGAGUCCGACGUUGAUGCUUCUUUUCUGAGGGAAAUCCGGCAGACGCCCGAGUUUGAGCAGUUUCACAAUGAGUACUACUGUCCACUUAGACAGUGGCUGGCAUGUAAAGUACACUACAUCCUUGACAAGCUAGGCAGCUCCUGA